AAAAAAAAAUGGAUAUUUUACAUUGUCGUCAUCAUUAUGGCUUAAUUUGCCUUCUUGUUCUACUUCAUUCCUCUCUGUAUGGUUUAGCUUCGAAGAUCGAUGUUUCUUACAAUGAACGGGGCAGCAGGACCGACGGUAACCAGAAACAUGUAGCUUGUACGAAUCAAGAGCCUGAUCCUGGUCCGCUAACGCGUAUUUCUUGCAAUGAACCUGGAUAUGUUAUGACAAAGAUCAAUUUCGCUGACUAUGGCAAUCCCACUGGUACAUGUGUACGCUUUAGACACGGUAAUUGCCGCGCAGCAGCUACCAUGAGGAUCGUCAAAAAGAAUUGUCUUGGAAAAGCAAAGUGUCAACUUUUGGUAACAGACGAGAUGUUUGGUCCGAGCCAUUGCAAAGGAGCUCCUAUGCUCGCUGUUCAAACCACUUGUACAAAAGCUUAGAUCUCGUUUUUGGUCAAGUUGUUGUUUUCUCGUUUCUUUGAUGCUUGGA